GCCACAAUAAGAUAAGAGAAAUCUUGCAACGUGUAGCUGUCUCAAAGCGCCCAUCUAUUCUAAGGGAAGGGCAUCAAUGAGAGGGGGAAACCACUUAGGAAUGAAAAGCUUGGUGCAGCUGUUCAACGAGUGGGAGAUCCAACUACUAGUGCUUGUUAGCUUCACGCUACAAUUCUUUCUCUUCUUUACCGGCGGCCUCCGGCGGCGUAUCAGAAGCAGUGUACUGAGAUCAUCAGUCUGGCUAGCCUAUCUGGGAGCGAACUUGGUAGCCGCUUAUGUCCUAGGCCUCAUCACACGACAAGAGGUUUCUACUCAUCACCUGUUUUUUCUCUGGGCGCCCUUCCUCCUCAUACAUCUCGGCGGACAAGACACCAUCACUGCUUUUGCCAUCGAGGACAACACUCUCUGGCUGAGGCAUCUGUUGAAUCUUGUUGUCCAGGUGAACCUCACCCUGUAUAUCUUUUGGAAAUCAUUUGAUGGCGGCCCUAAUAUGCAGCUUCUUGCUCCUAGUAUCCUUUUGUUUGUUACUGGCACUAUCAAGUAUGGGGAGAGAACAUUGGCUUUGUGGUGUGGCAAUGUAAGAAACAUGAGGGAAAUUUGGGGUGGUUCUGAAUCGGAAACGCGCCUUGAUACCUCUUCUGAAGACCUUGUUUUCUAUGCCUUGCCUUCAGCAAAGGUUAUCCGUUGGUUUUUUACUAGCCUUUCGUACAAGCCUCACGCUAACCGUUGGGAUAUAGAUAGUUUACAGCCAGACCUUUCAACCAAGUUAUUCGGGAUCAUGGAGAUUCAACUCGGCCUGAUGUAUGAUGAUAUCUAUACUAAGGCCCUGGUGCUUCGGACGUGGGGUUGCACCAUACUUCGGUACAUCUCACAUAUUACCUUUCUGGCCGCUUUAGUGCUCUUCUCUGUAAUAAGAAACAAAGAAGAGAGGUGGUACUACAGUUCUGUUGACACUGUAAUCACCUAUGGCCUAUUUUUUGGCGGUUUCUCUCUUGAAGUUUCCUCAUUAUGUAUCAUCAUGAUGUCACCUCGGACUUGAGCAUGGCUAAAGGAAAAGACUCGGCAUUGCAGCUUCCUUGGUUCCAUCAUUACUAGGUGUCCAAGGAAAAGGAUGUUGUGGUCAAACUGCAUGGGUCAGUACAACAUGCUAGACUAUUUGGGACAGUAUGACCGGCAGUCAAGUAAAACGAUGGCCGUGAUCAGGAAAUUGGCGAAUGUAUUUUGCGGGACAUACCAAAAGUUGUGUAUCAGUAAGCUGGUGGACACCAAGUUCGUGGAGGUGGAUGAGCAGAUCAUGAGAUGCGUCGUCCAGAGGAUUGCUCGGUAUCGCCAAGAAGGUGGAUCAAGUAGCCCCCAGCCCCAGCAAUGGCCAAAUCUUGGCCCACUUCUACACAAGAUGGUGCACGAGUACCCUGAUUCCAACUUUGAUCAUCAGUCCAUUAUCAAAUUCCAUAUAAUUACAGAGGUAUGGCUGAGUAGGUAUAUACCCACCGGCACUGCUGUGGACAGAGAGUCUAGUGAUGCUUUGGUUCGUGUGUGCCGAAUGAUAUCCCGCUAUAUGGUUUAUCUUUUGGCCAACCGCCCUGAAAUGCUGCCAAUCUACGAUGGCGGCCAAAGUAGUCUUCGGUCAGUAGCAUGGCUUUGUGAAGACUUGCAAGGUGCGGAUGUUAAUGACAUCCUCCAUCGGACAAUUUUGUUGUCGACUAAAGAUGAUAUACCGGAGACCCCGGAGGAGUGCAGAAAAGAGCAGCUGUUGGAGAUCGAAGAGUUAUGGGUAGGUCUGCUCCUCCAUGCCGCCAGCAAGUCACGGCCGGAGAUGCAUGCAGCACUGCUAGCCAGAGGAGGGGAGCUCCUUACCUUCAUCUGGCUGCUCAUGGCCCACUACAGACUUGGGGAUGUGGUGAACUGCCCCAUCGAGAUGACGGCUAAUGCAACUAUUGGUCAGCGCCACUACGCCUUCUGACUUCAUCCUCAACGUUAUGACGGCUGAUCGGUUAUGCUGAAGCACUUGUACCGAUUUAAACCAAUCCAAGCCAUACAUUUUCAUGGAUCAAUAGGUGUUCCGACUCUAUUGUGCCUACUUGAUCAAAUAAGUGUGCUUCAAUGUGGUUUUCUUAUCCUCUACUUUUUCCCCCUCUUUUGACGGCCAAUGGAGGAAGACAGAGUAUUGUUCUUCAUUCUAUUUGUUGUUAUUUAUAAACAACUGUCAUUAUCUUCACCGAUCGUUGACCCGUGCUAGUUAUUUACACUUUCUUUAGAAGCAACCACUAGGUGGUUUGUUUCUAUUU